UUCCUUCAUCUGCAUUCGCAGCUCUAGCUGUCUGUUUGCUGCGCUAUUCGGCUGCAUGAAUUCCUAAGUAUGUCCGAUUUUAACAUGUUUAAAGAUGAAUUCACACUCAUUGUGAACAACCUGGCCAAGGCGGUGAUUGCGGAGGCUGACAAAGUCUCGUUGAAUCCACAAAAUCCCGAAACAGAGGAAAACCUCAGGGUUUUGGUGGAGCGGUUGUGUGUUGAAGCUGUUGAUAAAAUCCUGAAGAUGGUUGAGCUGGCUGCUGGGAAGCUCAAAGAGACUCCAAGUGACCGGAAGGAUCCACCGGGAGACCGGAAGGAUUCACCAGAGUCAGAUGAGAGCCGCGAAUGUUUAACGAAGACGAUAGAAGGUGGAGGUGAGCACCCCCCCACAGAGCAGACCUACAUCCUGGUUUGCAGGAGCGCUGCUGUCGACUCCAAGUGUCUGUUGCUGUCUCUGCAGAGCCAUGCUAAUGCUAACGCUAACGGUGGAAAUAAAACCUUCGCCAUGGACGCGUCAGGGGACAGCGAGCGCUCCGCCUCACUGCCUCCCCCGCAGGCGGAUGUCGCGGACCACGAGUACGCUCGGCCGUCCUCUCCGCCGCCCAGUGCCGCCUCAUCGGUGGGGGGCGGGGCCUCCGCAGCACGGAGCAGGAAACAGCGGCGUAGGGCCAACGAGACGACAGACAGCUACCAGCAGUGUUCGCGGUGUGAGAAGCUGUUUCCAAACGCAGAGCGACUCUUUGACCACGAGAGGAAGUCUCACCCCGUGUGCUCUGUCUGCGGGGCGGCGUUCACGGGCCACCUGAGACUGCGCGAACAUGUGACGAAGGAGCACGGCCUCCUGCCGUACGGCUGCAACUUCUGCCCCAAGAGGUUCAACCACAACGCUCACCGCAACCUGCACGUAAAGACGCGGCACACCGGGGAGAAAAGCUGCCGCUGUGACGUCUGCGGGAAGGCGUACUCGUCUGUCAGCCUGAUGAAAACGCACAGGAUGACGCACGCCGAGAAGACGUUCAUCUGCGACGUCUGCGGGAAGAGAUUCUUCCACGCCGGCCAUCUGAUGCGCCACAAAGCAGUGCACCAGGAACUGCGGCCGCACCGGUGCUCGCUCUGCGGGAAGGGCUUCACGCAGGCCGCCAACCUGUGCACGCACCUGGCUUCACACAACGGAGAGAGGCAGCUCUGCUCCAUCUGCGGGAAGAGCUUCCGCUUCCUGAAGAACCACAUUAUCUGCAAACACUCGCAGGAUCUCCCCGCUGGCGAGCUUCCGGCUGGAGACGGCGUCAUCACCUGCGAGCUUUGCGGCAAGAAGUUCCCCCAUCUGUCGCAGUUCAGAGUGCACCAGCGCAGCCACACGGGGGAGAAACCGUUUGGCUGCGCCGUCUGCGGGAAAACUUACGCCAUGAAGCAGCAGCUGAGGGACCACAUGUACACGCACAGUGGCGAGAAGCCGUUCCGCUGCUCGCUCUGCGGCAAAAGCUUCCACCUGCGCGCCAGCUUCAGCCGCCACCGUAGCAUCCACAGCGGAGAGAUGCCGUUCGGCUGCUCGCUCUGCGGGAAGCACUUCCGGCUGCAGUCCUUCCUGAAGGCUCACCUGCAGACCAAAGCUCACCUGAAGCAGACGCAGAGCGCCACCACUCACCUCUGACCUCGCAGUUAGGCUGCAUGGACUAAAUUAGGGCUGGGACGAUAUGCCUGAAUGAAUGAAUGA